UCUUCAUGUAUAAAAGCCUAAGCACAUCUCUAUGUUUUUCAGUUAUAACCUCCUAGCUAGUUUUAUUUCUAAAUUUGGAGUUCCUAGAAGGAAAAAAGAAAAGGUUUGGCAAUGGAAGAUGAGUUUGCAAAGCUUAUCAGGAGAAUGAACCCUCCAAGAGUGAUGAUUGACAACGAUGCUUGUGAGCAUGCCACUGUUAUACAGGUUGAUGGGGUCAAUAGGCACGGUCAUUUGCUUGAAGUUGUCCAAGUUCUUAAAGACCUCAACCUUCUUAUAACAAAAGCAUACGUAUCUUCAGAUGGAGGAUAUUUAAUGGAUGUGUUUUAUGUUACUGACACGGAUGGGAAAAAGAUCAGAGAUAAAGUAACCGUCAAUUAUCUACAAUCGACUCUGGAAACCAAUGCAAGUUUCUUAAAUUCAAUGAGAAGCUCAGUUGGUGUAAUUCCCUCUAAACAGCAUACCUCAAUAGAAUUAACUGGCGCUGACAGGCCUGGAUUACUGUCAGAAGUGUCUGCAGUCCUAACAGACCUCGGCUGCAAUGUGGUAAAUGCUGUGAUUUGGGCACACAAUGCCAGAGCUGCAGCAGUUCUUCAUGUCACAGACCAAUCAUCCGGCUGCGCAAUUGAAGAUCCUGAAAGGCUGUCAAAGAUCAAGGAACUCCUCUGUAAUGUCUUACGAGGCAGUACUGAUUUCAGGACACCACGAAUGUCCAUUUCUUCAAAUGGGGUAAUGUAUAGAGAAAGAAGAUUACACCAAAUGUUGUUUGCAGAUAGGGACUUUGAGAGGCCAGAAAGUCCUAAGUACGAGAGUUCAAGACCUCAUGUAACCGUGAUGGACUGCAGUGAUCGAGACUAUACAGCUGUGACUAUAAGGUCUCGAGACCGGCCUAAGUUAAUGUUCGACAUCGUAUGCAGUCUAACAGACAUGCAAUAUGUGGUUUAUCACGGCACAGUCAUUACAGGAACAACAGAAGCUUAUCAAGAAUACUAUAUCAAACAUGUGGACGGAUUCCCUGUAAGUUCAGAAGCUGAGAGACAACGAGUUAUAGUUUGCCUUGAAGCAGCUAUUGAGAGGCGAGCCUCAGAGGGCCUGGAACUAGAAGUGUGUACAGAUGAUCGCUUUGGUCUUCUUUCGGAUAUUACGAGGAUACUUCGUGAGAAUGGUUUGAACAUUAGAAGGGCAGAAAUAUGGACAAAGGGAGGUAAAGCAAAAGAUAGUUUCUUUGUGACGGAUGUGUCUGGGAAUCCUGUAGACCCCAAAAUUAUUGAUUUGGUCCAGGAUCAGAUAGGACAAACUAUACUUCAGGUGAAAGGGAACUCGGAUAUGUCUCGGAAACUUCCCCAGGAGACAGCAAGAAGUUUCUUCUUUGGAAACUUUUUUAGGAGACGAAGCUUCCAAAAUUUUAAACUCAUCAAAUCUUGCUCAUAGUGCUGCUCAUACAGGGGGACUUUAUUCAAGAAACAGCCAAGUGUUUGUGCUUUCUUCAAGAAAACUAUACAAGGACAAAAUUAUAGUACAAAAGUCGCAUCCUCCGCAGGAAUUAUUGUUGGUUGUUGCUGGCCUUUCUUUUUCCUUUCUUUCUCGUACAUUUUCUACAGUGUGGAAUUGAACACAUUGUACAA